UCCCCCUCUUAUAAAGCUACAUUUCCACUCAUCUUCUUCAAAAUCCAAUCUUUUGCCAGAUCUACCUCUCCAAAAAUGUCAAAUUUCCCCUUCUCCCCGUCGGCAUCCACUGCAGCGCUCCUUCUCCUCUUCUUCCUCUCCAUCUCCAUGCCGACCCCCAUUUCUUCCAACAAUCUUACUACUAGACGAAACCUGCAUUCCUUCAACAGUAAAGAAGAUCUCGACGACUCUCCCAUUCCGAAAUCGAUAUCCCCUACUAAGAAGAAACCCGUCUUAGAUUUCCCAGAACCAAAGAACAAAACCAAAUCCUUCAAGCCCAAAGCAACAAAUUCCACUUCUUCCUCCUCAUCCAAGAUCAGCAUAAUUCUCUCAGUCGACACCACCACUCCCACCAAAUCCAAGCUUAACAAAACCGUCACCAUUUCCCCUGCCGUCACCAAGAACAAGCCCAAUAAAAUCUCCAUCGCCGGCGAACUCAGCGCCAUCUCCAUUAGCAAGUUCAAGCUCAAUAAAACCAGCAGCGCCGCGAAGAAGAACGUCACUAAAUCCAAUCUCAACAAAAUCGCCCUCCUCAAAUCCAAUUCCACCAAAACACAGCAAUUUAAAUCUCUAAAUCCUACCCCCAAAAUCCAGAAAAAGCUCGAUGCCAAAGAUCCGCCCCCUUCUAAACCCCAAUCCAAUACCAAAUUGAAGCCACUGGCUUCCCCGGAGAACUGGCUCGACGAUGCCGACAGCACUGGCGCCGGCGAAGACGGAGAUGACUUGAUCUCCGACUUCCGCGAUCUCCCCUCUCGCCUCCACUCCACCCUCUUCCCCGACCUCGAGAAGCUCUCGACCACUUCGAAGCUCUACCUCUCCAAAACGCACCGCGAGAUCGCCGCCGGCGUAAAACCAUUUGUCGGAAACAAAUACGCCCCUUCGAUCGCCUCCGCCACGUCCUCGGCCCUCCUCCUCCUUCCCCUGCUUUUAGUCACCGCCCUCUUCCGUCACCUCCUCCGCACCGGCAGCUCCGCCUCCCUCCACCGCGCCCUUCUGUUCGUCCAGGCUUACCUCGCCAUCUACUUCGCCACGCUCUCGCUCACCGCCGUCAUGACGGGACUCGAGCCUCUCCGGUUUUUCUACGCCGCAUCCCCGGCAGCUUACGCGUGGACACAGGCGGUUCAGACGUUUGGCUACGUGGUGUACCUCGUCGCGCAGCUAAUCGCACUGGUAGUCGCGUUCUCCGCCGGCGAGGAGGAGCACAAGACGGGGAAAAUGGUGGGCCUGGCUCAGAUGCUACUGGGUUUAUCAGUGGGAAUGCAUUAUUAUAUUACGGUGUUUCACCGCGCCGUGACCGGAGAAGCGCCGCGGGCAAACUGGAAGGUACACGGGAUUUACGCAGCCUGCUUCAUCGUGAUAUGCGGAUUGGGCCGGGCCGAGCGCCGCAAGAAGGCCUAUUUGCACGGCGUCGGUGGGGAUGAUAGUAAGAAAAGCUAAGGUUGAGGUGUUUUCUGUGAUUUCAAUUCUCACAGGGGGUCCUUUGGAUAAUUCGUUAAAUUUCUUAUAGCUGUCCUGGUUGGGAGAAUCCCCUUGGAUCUAGCAUAGGGUAUUUAUUUAUUUAACUAUUUGUAUUGGAGAGAGUGAUAAAUUAUGAAUGUAAUUCCAAAAUAAAUUCUAAAUGUUUGAAUAAAGAGUAGAAUAAUAGAGAGCAAUGUGGAACAUAAAUAAUAUAUAUUUUAUGGAGACACCACAU